AUGGUCAUCAGAUUAGAAGACUCAAUAGUCGCUGUCUCUGCGCCUUCUCCAGGACCACAUGCGAAUCUUUACGUGUGCCAGGCCGUAUUCGAAUCCAGAAGAUACUUUGUAUACGCAAUUGACUCUCUUCUCGUUAUCUUGGUGGAAGCUCUUCUCGUCUCGACUACGUCAACAGCUGCAGUCCAUGACCAAGCACGAUGUGCACCUAAAUUCGAGCUAUGGCAAGUCUGGAACGCCCAAGAUCCAAUUAAAUGCGUACGAUAUAAUACAAGUAAGAAGGCAGCACGUGGUGCUCUUGCUGUCUGUAUUGAAGAAGGCCGUGGUGUGCUGCUGAUGCCCAUUAGUGCUACGUCUAGUCAGGCAGCAGCUGUCAUAGCGACAUCAAGAGCUUCGUCGAACCUGGAAGACAAUGAGAACAUACAGCACUUUGUAGCGUUAGAUAAGAAGUUGGUACCUAGUCUUGACGAUGUGAAAGCUCAUUUGCAUCUUCACUUGCCUCGAUGGGUCGAGUCUGUGCGCUGGACGUGUGAAGAUCAUAUGCUAAAUCGUUUAGAGUGGGUCGAAAACAGAGACGAUCUACUUCUGCUUGGAGCUGGACAAAAGCUGUUUAUUUGGAAGCUAGUGGAUGACUCUGUCCAGGUUUCUCUACAACGCACAGUGAUGUUGUCACGAGAGGGGGAUGUUUCGGUUGUACCAUUGUGUUACUUUGAUGUGGCUUCAAGUGGCCGUUUUGUGGCGACGGCUGGUAAACAUGAUCGAAUUGUCAAGGUGUGGGAUUUACAAGACAUGACGCCGUAUGAAGGCACACCAAUGUCAUUGUAUUUGGCACAUACCCGUGCGAUUGUAUGCAUGGCGUGGUCAAAGGAGACAAAUGUUUAUAACGCUAGAUCAUCUGUAGCUACUACUACAGGUGCUUGUGAAAUGCUUUUUACCCUAGACCGGUCUGGAAAUAUCUCGAUCUGGAAAGAAAACGUCGCUUUACUGCGGUCGUUUGUGUUAUGGAAGCGAUUCGCUGCCGCGGACUAUUGCAGCUCCCCUUUUGGUGAGGAAAAUGAUGAGAGCGUAGAGAUUCACAUGCGUGCAUUUGGUCUGCUUGAUCAUUACUGGGCUCAAGAGGCACCAAAACCAAUGUCAUCGAUAGAUGAGGCUUUACUGAGUGAAAGUACUGUGAUGGAUGCACUUUGUCUAUUCCAUUAUGGUUAUGGUUCGCUGAACGAAGCGCGCCGCAAUGAGUUGGUUAGUCAGCGAAUGGACCGCACCACGCACAUGAACACUACGUUUCUUCGGGAUCGAAGCGGUACCGUGGCAGACACUCAUGUAGGAGAAGCAUUCAUUUGCGGAAAUGUAGCGCUCGAGCAAACUUUUGGAGUGCAUUUAAUUUAUGGUGUCCUAAGCAAUGGUCACUUUUGCAUCUUUCGCGGGGCUUCCAUUCCGUUUACGGGUGCUUCGCCCAGACUAUCUCUUCUUCUUUGUUACACCGGCCUUCAGGAGAAGCUCCUUGAUGCACAUAUCUAUAGUGUCAUCUCGUCUGAUUACCAAGACCAAGCAAGCGGCUCGAUGGUUUUCUUUAUUGAACUGUUGUUUCAGCAGGAAAUUUCUGAAAGCUACUUGCAGUGUGCAAGGUUAAAGCUUCAAGCCGAAAACGCCUCGGUAGGAACUUGCCAGGGUUCUAUGUUUUAUACCGUUCUAAGCUGCAAAACCUCAGUCAUAUGCAGCAGUAUGAUGAAUGCCGCAAAGGAAGCAGACGAUCAAGAUACUUCAUUUAUAGUUGCAAAUAUGGCACCACACUGCGAAUCAGGCGGGUAUGCGAACUCAAGUAGAUCUGCUGUGAAGCUUGUUGCUACAAAUAUAGGUGGCAGUUUAAACGUUUUUCGAGCAAGUGAAUCGUUGCGCAAGCUUGAGAUUGCUUUUCGAUCGAAAAUUGAACACGCUGUUGGCCCUGUCACACACACAGCAUCGUAUGAGGAACAGUCCGUGCUCUAUUUAAUUAUUGACGGGAGGUUGCACGUUGCAGCUGUGGCGCCUUGCGACACGCACCAAGUAGAAAAGGUCACUACAGGCUCAUCUGCAAUACCAGCAGGACGUCAAAGUGAUUCCUGGCUUUUUGAUGCGGAGGAUGAUGUUUUGGCGCUGUCCAUGUGUUAUAUGGAUGGAAGCAAAGAUUUUGAAGUGCUGGAUGAGUUGAUUUCUAUUGCAAUUCCGGAAUCUGUCAAGAUCAAGUGGUCCAACAGCACCAUAUGCUUUGCUGAGUCAGCGACGAGCAAACCCGCGAAGGAUUACAGUAUGGUUGUUGGCAUGCACAAAGGUGGAACGAAGUUGACUGUGUGGGUUUUCUCGUUUGAGAUUACAGUCUUGGAAUCGCCUGCUUCUUCUGUCCAGCUGUUUUGUAAGACCACGGUUGACCUCCCUGAUGCAGAUUUGUUGGGUAUUGCCACUGUCCCGCUAUUGAAUCCAUUUGAGCUUACUCUUGCCAGCUUUGAUGCGCAUUUACAGCUGACGUUCUGGACAUUUGCAGACCUUGAUGAUUUGCUUGAAAUGACGCCUGCUCAUCGGGUUGAUGUUGGUGAGUUGAUAAGAUCAUCCGGCAGGGCACAAAAUCCACAUACCGAGGUUCACACUACUGGACAUCGACUUGUAUUCAAGCACUUCAGCUUUAGCUCUUGCGGACGCACGGCUGUAUUAUUUGGAGGGGGUGAUAGCAAAUGUGAGGACCAGAUUUGCUUCUUGUCUAUGAUAGAGAGUACGGUGGAAGGUGUUGUUGAAAUUCCACACAAAGAGUUUGGUGAGGUGAUUUCUUUGGAAUGGAUUCCGCCUGUCACCCCAGAGCGAAACUGUGACCUCGUUUUGUUAUCAACUACGACCAUUGCCACGCUGAAGUUUGAUUAUUGGCGGCCAACCAACAAAUGGAGUAUUGCCUGGUCUUCUAGUCGUUUUAGUGUGAGACCCAAGAACAUUUUGCUCUCGAGUUAUCCCUACAGUCUCCUCAGUAUUGGCUUCAGCUUGGCGCAUCUGAAUCUUCAGGAUAUUGCUAGAGUCAGAUCGUCGCUGCUCCAGCUCCCGCCAAAAAAUCGUCCUCGUGAGCAAACCCUCGGUGCUCAGCCGUCGUCAAAGGUCUUUCCUGCCCAUCACCCUGUAAUACUAAUGUACUUGCUAGCGCGUGGGUCGUUUGAGACUUUAGAAAAAGUUCUUGAGCAUGUGAAGACAAAAGUCUUGGACCACGUAGAAAUGUGCUAUCUGCAAAUGGCAGACGACACGGAACUACGAAGUCUUCCGUUGGUGUCAUUGUCCCAGCUACUUGGAGACCCGAAGUCUACUGAAGCCAAGCGCGAUGAGCGGUCAGACACCUACUUGAAAGGAAAAAGAAGUAAGAAGCCUGGAGGGAUCAGUCAUUGCGCAGCCUCGACGGGCUCAGCUAGAGCAAGCGAUCUGUUUGCCAUGGACUUUGGGGCACCGUGCCGAUAUGAAGCUAGCAGAGGUAGCAGUGACCGUGCAGAUAUGCUUUUUGCACCUUCUUCACAUGAUGUGCCAAAGCAUAAACUGACAGCAAGCCUGAAAUCGAAGCUAGAAACUAACAUUUAUCCAAAGUUCUUCAACGAUCACAGAAGUUCCUUGACAUUUAUGACAACUGAAGAACUGAGGGUUUUUCUUACGAUCGUCGAUGGUAUCAAAAAAGUUGUGAGCUGGGAACGUGACAGCAGCCGCCAAAAAGACGAAGCUGCUCUUCGUUUCUGUGCUUCUUUAUUAUGGCCAGCAAACUGUUCGGCAAAUGUUCAACCACGUGCCGCAGACUCUGAUGUGCCAGAGCAACAAAAAGUCAGCCAAACCACAGCACCUACUUCGUUCUGCCUCUGUACGGAGGGCCUGUGCUCGGAACAGGUAGUUUGGGGAGCACUUAGCGACUUCCAGUCAGAGUUACUUCAUGAAUGCUUCUCUGCACAGACAAUGAGCUGGAAGGAGAUGAAGCGCCUACGGCUUCCGUUCUGGUUGAGAAGCUCAACAAAGUUAAUCCAGUUUGCGGAGAAGGUGGCACAAGUCGAGUAUGCAACAAACCGUGAUCCAUUUGGGGUCGCUGUUUUCUAUGUGCUGUUGGGAAAGACAAGGCUACUGGCAAGUCUGUUCAAAUUGGCUCACGAGUCGCGCAUUUCUGAUCUUCUGGGCAACAACUUCUCAGACAUGCGUUGGAAAAACGCAGCAAUUAAGAAUGCUUACGUGUUAAUGACAAAGCAACGAUAUGAGCUUGCAGCAGCGUUUUUUCUUCUUGGCGGCAAAGUCAUUGAAGCUGUUUCAGUGGCUGAACAAGCGGACGAGUCGCUUGUGCUAUCAUGUCUCAUCGCUCGAAUUUCAGAAAAGUGGGAUCUCGUCCAAGAUGAAGCGAUAGGUAGCUCCGGAGUUGCGGUUUUUUCACAGGCUUCAUUGACAGACCUGGCCACUAGUUUUCAUGGAUCUGCUGGAACAAGCUCCGUCGUGUCAAUGGACGACAAAUCGUCAGAAUCGAAACAUGUGUGUGUCGACUUUCUCCGCACCACCGUGUAUGAAAAGGCUUUACGUCGUGGUGAUAUAUACAUGUGUUUUUUAGUGAGGUACUUGCUGGGGAAGACGAGCGAAGCUAUUGAUAUCCUGGUUGCACCACCAACUGACGACAUGGAAAGUAUGUUUGAUGACUGUGAGAGCUCGGGUAUGAAACCGAUAAACAUGUAUUGGUCGGCGUAUGCGAAAAGCCUUCUUAGUGCAUGUGACCUCGUCCGGUUUCUUCGAAAGACACUUUCGCCGAUGAAGUUGACACUAAAAGAAAAAGUGCUGAGGCUGAACACGUCAGCGAUGCUUCGUAUGCACAGUGCUGGUCUCGUAAUUGCUGCGCUGCUUCACCAGCGCGACAUCGCUUCUUUCGUCCAGAAAAUUCGUCAGGAGUGUGUGACAAGCUCAGAUGUAGCAGCAUUCCUGGGCUGCCGUCAACGUGUUCUGAUUGCAGCUAUUGGUGGCCAAGUAGACUUUUUGUACGCCAUCUUUGUGCACUUAAUGCGUGAGGCAAUGAAAAUGCCUGCGACGUCAGCUUCCAGUACACGGUUUGACCUCGAAGAGCGCGUGAAUGAAGAGAUUCAAUGCAUCGUAUGCCAUGGAGGCGACUAUGGUCUGCCUGGUGUACUUGAAACGAGUAAGAAGCAUUUGCAACACAGAGUCCGAGCCGCGAUAGUAGAGUCACUGAUUUACUCCGGUCACCUUGCUGCAUUGGAUGUUUUGGUGGCUGGGUGGAGCCAUUCAGAAAGUUCGUCGCCAAUGUUUGCUUUUGCCAGCCCGCUUCCAAAAUUCGUAGAGAUAAUUGCAGAAGGAGUUGCAACUGUGGCGUCGGGGGACCUCACGUCUCCUGCAACUGAUUAUUUACACACCCGAAAAGUAGACCAGACUUGCUGCAAUAUGCUAGCCACGACGACGCAGCUCCUGCUUUGGUUGCAGUAUUUUUAUCUAAAACCUCCGAAGCAGAGAGGGAUGUUGCCAGACUGUGAGCUUGUACGCAUAGCAGUGGCAGCAGUUCAUAGUGCCAUUUCCAUAUGCUGUCGCUACCUAAAGCACCCAUGCUGUCUAUAUAGUGUUCUCGUCCUCAUCAAUCCGCACACAAACGGAUUUUCAUCAAACUUGGAGAAAGCGCUUAAGGGUAUUACCAGAAGUGACAUUUGUGUAAACUGCGCCUCAAUUCGCCGUUCUACGACAGUUUCGUUGCCAAGGCGAGAUGCAUCGUCAUUUCCGCAAGACAUUCCGAUGCUGUACCAAGUAGUACGAAUUUUGGAACGAGCGUUGGGCGAGUUUACGGCAGCAGUGAAGACGAGCAGGCUACAUCAUCCGAUACCUUCGCGUGACUCAACAACCCCACAGUUCUCAUACUGUUCGUUUUGGGAACUGGUUCUAAUGAUGGCAGCUGACGCCAUGCCUGCUCACCUUUUGAACAUCGGUGGAGAAGGUGUUGCUUCCACCUUGAAUGCGUCCAAAAAGCUCGUUGAGGCUUGGACGAACUACAGCAACCGUCUUGCUAGUUUCGCUCUGAAGCAUCUGCUGUGCGAUUUAGCUGGACCAUUUUUCAGUCCAUCAUCGAUUGUGCAGCCCACAAGUCGAGAUACAACUGUCGCAGAAUCACCACAACGGUCUUCCUCACAAGCGCAAAGUGGUGCUCCUGGCAGUCCUCGUGCAUGCAUUCCGGAUGUUUCUGGAUCUCCUCCAUCGCCGCUAAAUGUCAGUCGAAAUAGUCGCCGAUUGCUGAAAUGUGAAUGCGACCACUGCCCAUGGCUUCUUCUAGUGGAACUUUUUACUGAUCGGGAUAAGCUUCUGCUACGCCUGAAUGCACAAAUGGAAUACUGCAGUGAGAAGAUUAAUGCGGAAGUUUGGUGGGGUCGACUGCCUGAACCUGCUGUACGAAAGGCUGGUCUAGCGCGCUCCCAGAAGUCACACAUGUCGACUGCCGCGGACAACGGACUUACAUUAUCGCGCGCCAUAAACGUUACAGACCAACCCAAACGAUGCACGAUGCCAACGGCCACUGCUACUGCUGUGAAUGUGCAAUGUGUGUACCGUAGCGAGACCUCCAUCAAAUCAAUGUGCGUCAAUCGUGCUGCUGGUGGCGAUACUGAAAUGAGUGUGUGCACCGGCAAAGGCAUUUUUCGCGUUAGUUCCAUGGACUAUGUCGAUGGCUGUCGUUUCCAGUUCAAAGGAAUGUACGCUGGACCACAUAACUCUGCAUUCUUUCCACCUGACUCAACUCUAUCUUCACCUAUAAAGGAUAGUCAAACUCCAGAUGCUAUGCUGAGCGGUAACUUUGGAAGCGGUCGUCAACAAAUCUUGUCCCCGUCUUUGACUAUGUGCAGGGAUAACUCUCGUUCACCCCUACGAAACCCAGUUCAUCACCUUGCAUCCCCGGACGUGUGCACCUAUGGUCAUAUGACCGACUCAGUGCGCUUUGCGCCUUCCAGAGCAAAGACGUUGCGGUGCCUUAUCCAGCAAGCCCGUCGAUGUUGUCUGACUGGAGAAGUAUCAAGGCACUCGAGUUCGACAAUCUCGGCCAGCAGCUUGGUGCUGUGGAUGCAGGGGGGACAUUUGUUCUUGUGGAAGUUUUCCGAGCUGGAUCGAGUUCCAUAUUACCGCGAGAUGGCGUGUCAUGAUAAAGGCGCAAAGGGACUCACAUUUCUCAACUCCAGCAGCACUAUUGCCACUGCUGGACUAUCGUCUGAGAAGAGAAAUGUAUGCGUGUGGGAUACACUACUGCCGACUCCAACAGCUCUCGUUGCAGCACCUACAUGCCACCCAGCUGGUGCGACCUCAGUGGCGUUCUCGUCGACCCACCAAUUGCUAAUCACGGGUGGCGCAGGUGGUGCGUUGAGCAUUUUUGACAUGAGGCAACGGCGCGUCUUGCACGCAAUCUCGAACGCGCACGAGACUCCGAUCAAAGCACUUGUGUUGCACCCUAGUGGUAGCUGCGUGCUUUCUGGAUCUGCAAGUGGUGACGUCAAAAUCUGGGCGCUGCCUCUUUUUCGGGAAGUUGCUUUCCUAAGCAAGGUGCACGUCAAGCCUUCGUUCCUCGGCGACGCGGCAACAAAUCUUUUGGGCGAUACCGCGUCGAACGUGGCGAUUAAUGUGACGAACUCUUCGUGGGGUGUAACGGAUGCUAUUGCGACGAAAGACGCGUUCUUUACAAGCGGCAUGGAUGGAUCGGUUCAGCGUCUCAAACUGCCAUCAUUAGGGACGCGACUUUAG